CGGCUCUCUUCUCUGGCUGCGAACAUGGCGCCUGUCGCCUCCGAAGACCGAGUUGGUCCGCAUCCCUCGUACAUUGAAGUCGCAAAAUCAUACAUCCUCCAAUCGCGUGUGCAGAAAUGUCUGGACGACAUCAACAUGACCGAGGCUCGCGAGGACAAUGUGCGCCUACAAGGUGUCGCUUGGAUUGACAACGUGCGCCGAGCACUCCAGCUACCCGUCCGUACCUUCAACACGGCCGUUGUAUACUAUCAUAAAUUCAGGCUGUGGCAUAGCGAUAACGAAUAUAACUGGGCGGAUGCUGCUGCGGCCGCAUUGUUCACUGCCUGCAAGAUCGAGGACACACUCAAGAAGAGCAGAGAUAUUCUAUGUGCAAAUUGGAACCUAAAGGUUACGGCCAGCGAACGUCUGAGUCCUGAUGAUCCUCGAUUCGAAACCCAUUCCAAGCUGAUCAUCGGGCUUGAGCGCCUCAUGCUUGAAUCUGCCAGUUUCGAUUUUCGCAACCGCUACCCUCAAAAAGUGCUCGUAAAGAUAGCAAGAAGCGUGGACUUUGAUAAGGAAAGGGAAGGGAAAACCGCAUGGAAUGCCUCCAUUGAUCUUUACCGAACGUUGGCACCGCUGAAACAAACGGGUACAACGAUGGCGGUUGCAUGCGUCGAACUUGCUGCAAAGCUACACGAGCAGGACCGAAUGACAGAUUCUUCAGAGGUGUUAGUUGACUACAAACGAUGGAGUACCUCCAGAGCCGAAGUCAUGGAGACACUCCUGGAUCUACUAGAUCUCUACACACAUCACCGAACCUCUACCUCCAUAGGACCAUUGUAUUCUCUGGAAACAUUCAUCAACAUCCGCAUCGCCUUAAAUCAGGAAGCGUUGACAGCAGAUAUCCCACGUUACUCGUCCUAUGCAUCAAAUCAAAGCCCUGCUGCGAAUGGAGCAGGCAAGGCCCGGAAUGGGAUCGAAUCUACCAGUCCGCUUACUCCCGCAACGCCACUCACAGCCUCUCCAGCCCAGCCGAAUCAGGCACCCACAUCGGCAAUUGGGAUAAGGGGACAAAACGGCACAGUCCGCUUCAUGCUUGACCCAGCGCGGGCGGCUGACGAACGAGCUCAGGUGGAUAAAUAUCAUAAAGUGGAGGAGGAAGAAUACGAAGUUGAGGUUCCCAACGAACGGGAAAGGCCAGCGGGACGCGUGCGUUGAGUCAAAAAUGCCCGCAUCAUUAUCAAGUAUAUUCUUUUUCCAAGCGAGGUGCUAAUCGUGCUCUGAAUGUAGACACAUCAGAGCAAUCGGGCCUGGACUCAAAGAUCACAUCUUGUCACGAACGGCCGCGAUUUCAGCGAAGAGACACUCGCCAGUCCUCGCGCUGAUAGUAUUGAUUCUCAUGGUACCCACAACGAUAACCACGAAGACAGCGAUGCCCUAAACACAUGGUCAACGCAUGGGAGGAACAGUCGGCGCAGCCCGGAGGCUUCCAGAGGCAGAAGAACAACGGCUAGGACAAGAAACAACAGAGGCACGAACAAUGGCAUUGAGAAACGUGGCAAUCGACUGAAAAUGCAUUAAACUGGCCGAAAGGAACC